GCAAACAUCUUACUGAGUGAAAAGUUCCAAGCUAAAAUAGCUGAUUUUGGGCUGUCCAAGCCCAUUCACAUGGAGGGUAGAAGUCACGUGUCAACAGCUGUUGUUGGUACUCCUGGAUACAUUGAUCCUGAGUAUUAUCAAAGGGAAAGGUUAACUGAGAGAAGUGAUGUUUUUAGUUUUGGGGUUGUCCUUUUAGAGGUCAUUACAGGCCAGCCUGCUAUUUCAAAAACUAUUGAGAAGACUCACAUUAGUGAGUGGGUAAGAUUCAUGCUCUCAAAGGGUGAUAUCAAAAGCAUUGUUGAUCCAAGAUUGAAUGAAGAUUUUGAUGUUGAUUCUGCCCGGAGAGCUGUGGAAGCAGCAAUGGCCUGUGUGUCUCCACGUUCUGCAGAAAGGCCUACAAUGAAGAAUGUGGUGGCUGAACUGUGUGACUGCUUAGCAAUUGUGAAAGCAAGGAAGAAUGUAGGGCAUGAAAAUGAAUCAGAAAACCCAUUGGGCAUGGGGACCGUGGCCCUGAAUUCCAGCAUUGAAAUGGGUCCUUUGGUUAGGUGAUUAUGCAAACCUACUUGCAAAACAAUAAAUCUUGAGACUGGAUUGAGUGCUUAGCAAGAUUAAUUGUUGCUACAUAUUUUAUGUGUGUAUUGGGUUUUGAUGUCUUAUCGCUGUGGUUUGUGAGAUCCAGAUUAGUAAUCUCUGCAACAUGGUUUUAAUGUGUUUGAAGCUAGUCUUUUUCUAUCUCCUAUGCAUUUUAUUAUCAGAAAAUUAGCUGCACACGAAUUACUUUUAUUAUAUGUUUAGAUUUGAACCCUUUUUCUACAUAGAUUCCACUUCACGCAAGAAAUAUCAACUGCAAAU